AUCCGCCGAGGAUCGAAAGCGCGAAAAGCUCCUUAAAGUGAAGAAAAUGCUCGAAAAGGACAAGGCAGAAAAAGCGGAGUUAACACCGGCUACUCCGGCAGUGCCCGUGAAACUCGAAGAGGAGGAGCACGAUGAUGAGCCGAAGGAGGAUUUCCAAAGAGAUUCCGUUCAGGCGUACCAAUCGUUGGAGUCCGGUGGCGAAGAGUCCGCUGAUGACUUCGAAGAUAUAAAGCUCAUCCUCAAUGAAAGGGUACCAACGCCGGACGAGGAGUUGGAGCUUAUGGAGGAGGAUAUGGAUUUGGAUUCUGAUGCCAGCGUGGAAACGCCUCGACCAAGGUUGGGGAUGUCCUUGAAGGGCGAGUUUCUCCGCGAGUUCGAAAGCUUGCCCAGCAUCUCGGACCUAUCACUCGAUCCGGAGCCAGAACCGGAACCCGAACCCGAGCCAGAAGUCCAGAAGAUAUCCUAUUCCUCGCCAGACGCCGGAAACUUUGUGGGGGGUACGGAAAAUCCGGAAGAGGACGAGUCGAAAUCCUCGACUUCCGAACGGGAUGCCAGCACUGCCGCAGUAACGGUGGACGGGUCCGAUGAAGACAGCGGCUCGGUAAUGAUGGACGACCUGCCCGAAGAGCAGGGUACGGGGCCGAAGCAAGUAGUCAUUGGUGAGGAGGUGGACACCAUGGCCAUGUUCACCGUGGCCGUGGAAGCGGAGAUCGAUGUCCAGCCGGAAGUGGCGGUCCCGGUCGAGGAGCCCUUCUGGUAUCGCCUCACUGCCGAUUUCCUGGAGAACCUCAUCUCCACCGUGGUGGCCAAUGCCGAGAACAACGAGAAGAACAAGGAGCUAAAGCUGGACAAGGGUAAGAUGCUGGUGGAGUUGCAACGCCUGGUGGACGAGUACAACCUGGAGAGGCACCACAACUUGAUGCUGAACAAUGUCGUCUGCGACUACUUCCGACGCAUUCGCAAGUUCAACAAUUUUCAGGUGCUGCCGCCAGAGGAUGCUUAUCAGGAGUUCAUGCGCUACAGGAACGCCCUCAACGUGGUCGACAGCCUGGUGGAACGGGUGAAGUUGAUCAAGAUCAAGUACGGACAUAGCACAUCCCGCGCGAUGAUGGAGCUCAACUCGCUGGCCGUGCUCGCAUUCAAUGAGGAGCAGAUCCUGGAGGGAUUCAUGCGGAAGACCCUCAUCCACCGGGACAUGGAUCGGCUGAAGCGCGCCCUGGACAACGAUCUCAGGCGCAUGCAGGACCUCCGCAACCAGAUCAGCCAGAUGCGCUACGAGCUCAACCUCAACCUCCAUAAUCUGGCAUUUACAGAUGAGAAAGUAACUAAUUUUGAGAGGGUCACCGACACAUUGACAAUUUCUCAAAUGCUGUGCGCCAACGAAUCCAUUAUUCAAUUGGGCAAACAAUUAGAGGAAAAGUGCAAGGAUGUGGCGGUCAUGCAGUCUAACUACAAGAAGUCGAUGAUCGAGGAGACGUGCAUCAGGGAGAAGCGGGACAUGAUCGCCUAUAUGCUGCAGAAGGCCAAGCACGAGUUCGCGGAUCGGUUUGAGCGGCGGAACCGGCUGCGCAAGGAGCUGACCCGUCUCCAGUUGGAGCACGCCAAGCUGAAGUCCCAGCGGACCAAGCUGGAGGCCAAGGGCGGGCUGCUAUUCAAGGUGGGCCUGAUGUACGACUUCGACAAGUGCAUGGCCGACAUCGAGGCUCGGCGCAGCCACAUCCAGGCCAUGAAGGUGAACUGUUUCGAGCUGACCAAACACAUUUACAAUUUGGAGCACGAGAAGCGCGUAUCCAGUAUGGCGGUACAAAAUCUUACUUGAUUACGCUCCAUUUGUAAUUUUCUAUUUUCACUAAUAUACAAAAAUAAAUUUGUGUGCAUCUUAUAUAA